AGUACACAGACAUUAAAUGUCUAUCAAUCGUCUGAGCUGCCGGAUCAAUAGUGAUUAAUUUAAACUACGCAUUAUGCACAUAUUAUUUACCAUACAUUAUUAUUUAUCGUGUAGAAUUGACCUGUUACUGCAUUAUGCCAAUAAAUCCCACAUCGUGCUUGGUAUUUAAUGUGAUAAUAGGCAGUGGAUAUAUUAUUUAUUGUAUAACUUGGUUAUGUUGGCAUUUAAAAUAUGAUAUUAAAGUUAAGACAAGAACUGAAACGGAGAAAAUGUUAUUUUACGGUGGAACAAAGAUUUUUCGCAACAUAUUUACACUUGGUAUAGCCAUGUCACAAUUAUUUAGUCUAGCGUUAUUUAAUGAAAUUCUGGUGACAGACGGCUUGCAUAUAAUACUGAAUUAUAUUUACCGUAUACUAUCAUUAUUAAUAUGUGGUGUCCUGUGGAAUCAUUUGCGUACCUUGGGAUUUCAUACAUUUGACGAAUAUGUAACUAAACGAUUUGAUAGUAGAGUAUUAACUUCCUUCUACAGAAUUAAUCAAAUUGCUGGAAUUAUUUAUUAUUGGAGAGUACAAUUCAGUAUUAUUGAGGAAUAUGAUUUAUUUCAAAUAAGAUCGUGGUUAGGAUAUUUAUAUUUAACCGUAUGCAUUACAACAUUCACAUCAAUCGGUGGUUUACAUUACAUAUUAGUAUUAACUAGUAUUCUAUGGUUAAUUGAAAUUAGUGGUCACUUUGUUCUUUUGAAUUGUGUGACAGUUGAUAUGCAAACAUUUAGUAGUGUAUUCAGCUUCACAGUGGAUUCCUGCAAAUGUCUUCUGGGACCACAGUGUUUUUUGGUUUUAUUAAGUCAGCUAAUAACUAUUCAACCAGGUUAUAUAAUAUUUCAAUCAGCUGAUACAGUUAAACAGUCAAACAUAGUUCUUGUAGUUACAGUGGGUUUAUUAACAUUAAACACAAUGCUGUGCUUUUUUAAUUCAGGACAUAUACGUUGGUAUAUGCAAAACAGAAAUAUUUCGUAUGUGCGUAGUUUAGAAGAAUUUUUUAUGGAUACAACGGAUGUGACAGAAUCACCAAUACUAUCGAUGACUACAAAUGAGAUGAUAAAGGGGAAUGCAAUGUCAACUAUAGCCAGUACUACAUCAGUAAUUGGGUCGUUAACAACUACAGUAAUGUUAAUUACGGGACAAAUUCCAAACAUGACUGCAGUGAUUAAAUCAUCGCCAAACUCUCUCACCACCCCUAGCAGCAUUAGUGAGAUUCCAGCAUUACAAACGAAAUUAUCGUCAUCUCCAAAGGCUGCGACAACGGUAGCAGAAACAGCAAAGGAAAGGAAUAAAGUAACAGGACCAAGGGCGACAUAUGACCGUAAAGUAUCAUUAUUCAGAACAGUGAAUACAACUAGAGAACGUAAGAUAUUUACUAGUUUUUCGCAUUAUAUUGUGAUAACUGGAGUGCACAUUACUAAUAUUAUAACGUCAAUAGUUUUACAUGCACAUUCAAUCACUGAAUUAAGUAUUCAAAAUCUAUUACCUAAUUGGUUAAGAAUAGGUUUAAUUUCAAACGGUCGAGAAUUUCAUUUGGUCUACACAAGUUUUUACAUUAUAUUUACUUAUGUGAUAAUUGUGAUGAAUAUAGACUCAGCAAAUAAUCCGGAUACCGUUUAUAUACAAAACGGUUAUAUUUAUCCGGUAUCAGUUUGGAUGUUAUUAACAAUGCCGGUGAUGUGUUUCAUUCUCUUAGGUGUAUUUAUUGUUGAUAUCUGGUCAAUACCUGCUGUACUAACAACACUGGCAGCGUUAGCAAUUAGUAUACUGUACUUAAUAGAAUUUGAUUCUAGCACUUCAUGCCUGAAUGCUUGGUUUUAGUCUUAAAACCACCAAGAUAUUUUGUUCAUGGAUUAGUGUUUAAACACCAUAUAACACUUAGACGACAUGUUGAAAACUUAUCAUCAGUUUCACUGGGUCCAGCAACAAGUGUAUUUGCAACAAGGAAAUCGCAGAUUAG